UUCCAAAGGCGGAAUUCAUGGGUACAUAUGGUGUCCACGUGUGUAUACCUGCAGAGUGGAAACAUGUGGGCAUUUCUCUCCCCACGCCGCUAUUCUGGCUUCUUAACUUGCACCCUAACAGCUCAACAGAACCUUGGCGUCCACAAAAAGGACUUGAGGUGGGACGUGGAGAAACAGGGGCCCCUCCUGGUUUGUCCACCCGGCUCAGACCUCCAUUCCUCACCCAACCUACCACUUCAGAGCCAGGAAAAGACCUCAGAGAAUAUCUGCUCCAACUCCACCAAGGCUCAGACAGGACAACAAGAGUGUGCUGGACACUGGGAAAUGUGGUCCAGGAGCAGUCACAGUCCCUACAGACUUCCCACAAAUUACCGUAAUGCAAAAGUGAGAAUGUGGAAUGUCUCAGAGGAGACCCAGAUGAUAGCCUCUGGAAUUCAGCGGAGAUCCCUCGUGGUCCAGAGAGAUGUUGCGGGGAGAGGGGUGGGACUGCGUAAGACUCCUCAAGGGCAAUUAGUCAAACACCGAGAUGAACUGAUCCAUCUGCGCUCUGCUGAGGAGCCCUUCUGGGAUGUAAGUCCCCAUCUGAGAGGCAGCUGGAGGGGACAGGGCCUGGCAGACUGGGGUUAAUGCAGCCAGAGUUCAAGUUCUGGCUCUAUUAGCAGUGAACACUUGGGAGAGUUCCUUCACUCACCGACUCUCGUCAGUAUAAUAGUAAUAGCAUGAACCCAUCGGGAUGGUUUUAGGAUUAAAAGAGAUACUUGUGCAAAGCGUCAGCAUACAGUAAGUGGUUGGAACAAACAUACGCACAGAAUCUUAGCUGCCAAUUAUGAGGACUCAGCUCUUUCCUCCUGGGGGGCACUGUGAGGCUUAGAGAGACUCAGGGAGACCCAGCCCCUCACCUCCACCUCGCAUGAAGCUCUACCCUUCCCUGGGGGCUGGGUCUUCCUUUCUUGACACCCCUCAAUGCCAGGGCUGCCCAGGGUGCCGGAGAUCAGCCACAGAAAGAAGCCCUGCCGUGUUCAAGUGAAUCGAGGGGAGCUAGACAUUUCCCACCGGCUUGAUGAAGCUACUCUCCGGAUUCAUUCCCUACCGCUGGGAAUCAGCAGCACAUCUUGCAACCAGCGUGGCUGAAAACAGACAUCUUGGAUAGAUUCUACCUGACAUCUUAGUUGGCGGCCAAUCAGCUGUGCCCUGGCUACCCUAGUGCCACCUCAUGGGUCCAUUACAUCGGACUGUAGCCUGAUAAAUCUGAUUUAGCCAUGAGCCAGAGCAAAGGGAAAGAGCGAACCGUUUACAGAAGGCGGGGCCUCACGUCCAGGUGUAGCACUUAGGAAGUACUCGUUACAUCCGGAUGACACAGAUGCACAGGAGCCAGGUCGAGGGUCCUGGGAGGAGGCAGAGGCCCAGCAGAGGAUCUGCUGCCUGGCACCCUGCGCCCCUUCUUUACCCUCAGGAGAUGAGCCCCUCACCCCCAGCACUCCAGCCUCAGGGAGUUCUUUGUAGCCGUGGGGCUCUGCCCCUCCUACCACAGGACCUUUGCACACACUGCCCAUGCUGUCUAGAAUCCUCUCCACCUGCUGAACUCCCGUCCACCCACCUUCUUUUCUAUGUUAAAUCCCCAUGUGAAAAGAUAUGAAAAGCCCUCUGACUACCAGCUUACCUCUGCUGUCAAGACUUACUAUAGUUGUCUGGUUGUGGUGGCUCACACCUGUAAUCCCAGCACUCUGGGAGGCCGA